AUGACAAAGCAAGAAAUCCAGCUCAGCACCACCAGCAGCACCACCAGCAGCACCACCAGCAGCACCACUAGCAGCACCACCAGCAGCACUACCAGCGCUAGCGAUAAAUCGAGCAGCGGAGUAAGAGGACCAGAGAAAGCAGUAGGAGGUGCAGCUCGCAAGCACAUACCCCUCACCAUCAGAGUCCCUCCCCCGACGCACCUGUCCCCUCCCGCCGUCACAGCCAUGACGGUCUCUGUAGCUCCCACUGCUGCUGCUGCACAGCCACCGGGUCUACAGGACUUCUCCCCAAGAGACAUGGCCCACGACCUCAUGGCGGGGCUUGUGGCGACAACGACGAUGACGACGGGGUACAUAUGGGAUAUUGAUGCCCUGGUUCUGCUACAGGCCGCGGCGGAGGACUUUUUGAAUGGGGUUACGGAGGUUGAGUGUAAGUCCCCUAGCUCUAGUAUUCUUCUUUGUGAGUGCCUGCCCGCUGAUUUGAGGUUGAAAGUGGGUGGGAUGGCGGAGGAUCUUGAGAAUUUUGUGAGGGGUUUGGGGCAGCAGUAUUGA